AUGAAGCAAACGGGCGCAUCACCAAUUAAAUUUGAAUAUUUUGAUGAGAUGGAUGGCAUUUUUGGUGAUAAACCAAAUGUCCAACCAGUGGCCCUGGCUUGUAUUAUGACGCCGAUUGUGGAAAAUCAUGACGAUGGAUCCCAACAUAACAUGUUGGAAAAAAAUAAAGAAAAUACACCUGUAAACAAUAAAGAAAAGGAAACAAAUUGGGAAGCCCAAGAGAGAAUGCACAAGGAAAAAAUGGCACGGCAAGACAGAAUGUUGGACUUGUUCGAAACAUAUAGAAAAAUUUAA